CUCUGAGGUUAAUGGAAAGCAUUUUAAUUUACACUCUGAGCUUAGAUAGCUCAAAUAAGGUUUUGCUUUCUAUUCUUAUAACUUUGUUACUCUCCCAAAUUUUUGGAGCAUCUAUUUCAUAUUUUGAAGGUAUUUCAGAGCAGAAACUUUCCGCAUAUCUUUUUAGUCUAAAGGAGGACUGGGUAGCUCAUUUGUUAAUAUCCCAAUAAUAUUGUCUUUCUCGGAUUCACUCUCCUCUUACUGAGCAUUCUUAGCUCUCUGCUAAGAAGUUUUUAUGGGAUUGAAGGCUUUGAGCACAAAGUCGAGAUUUAACCUCGUCCAAAUUCUUCACAACAUCCUUAUAUUUCUUUUUAAGUUCUGAAUUAAGCUCUAGCUUUUUUGAUAUCUUAGAAGCCAGUGAUUUAAUGACAAUUCCAAGCUUGUGUUUAUCUUAAAAACAGAGAUUCUUGAUUCUGGUAUGAUGGCUAGAAGCAUUUCUGAUAUUUUCAGAAUAUAAUGUGGCAUUCUUGAGUGCUGACUAAACACCCCUUUCUUACAAGUGGAUAAAUUAAUUUUAACAUUAGAAAUACCAGGUUUUAAGUACUUUUCAAAGGCAUCCUGAGGCUGCUUAUUUUGUGAAUUUUUAUUCUUUGGCCUGGCUGUUACUAUCCAUAAUAUUAGGCUCAAAAUUUAAUCUUAAAUGUGUGAAUUUGUACAUCUGUAUAUUAUUGAGAUUGUAGGUGAUCAAAUAAAGUGUGUAAACAGCUUAACCUUGGCCAUA